GCCAGGUUAAUGCUCCUGCUGUACCACAUGAAAGCCCUGGCCCACAGCACGUAUAGCCGGGUUACCGAGGAGACCUGGGCUAUGGAUGGUUUUGUCUCAGCUGAACCUGACGGGGGCAGUUAUGUAUUCCAAGGCUUCAUACAGGGGAAAGACUAUGGACAGUUUGGGCUGCAGAGACUAGGUAUGAAGGUGAGAGAGAUCAACAUCACCACUGCAGGUCCUCCUCAUGUCUCCAACAGCAGCUCUAUGGUCAUAGCCAUCCUGGUACCUUUCUUUGGCCUCGUGUUGGCAGGCCUGGGAUUCUAUCUCUACAAACAACGGAGAACGGAUCAGACCCAGUACACCGGCUGUUCAGUCCACGAGAACAACAACGGCCAGGCGACAUAUGAGAACCCCAUGUACGACACCAACACCAAGUCUGCGGAGGGGAAAGUGGUUCGCUUCGACCCCAACCUCAACACCGUAUGCACUGUGGUUUGAAGAUGUGUGUGUGUGUGCCAAACACACCGGGGUUUGACGAUGCUUUUGCCGAACAGGAAAAGCUUGUUCAGAAAUGCAGCACUGGUUUGAUGCAACACUGUACUGUGGUUUAUUGAUGCUGUCUGACGAACGGAAUUUGCCCGAGAGUUCUUUUGGUUUAAAAAAAAAAUGGAUGUCUUGUCUUUUAUAAUAUCUCUCUGCAACGAGUUUCUGAAGACGGCACAGCGCAGCCUCGGGAAACAGGAAGGCAAAAGCACACCUUCAGGAACAACAGUUGUGUGUGUUGUGGAUGAUGGACGGGGUGAGUCAGCAAGCAGAAUGAGACGGUCCUCUUUUUAAAAUACAUCUUCACCUGAUGGGUGAAGUUAUUCCUAACUGCACUCUGAGAGUGAUGCUAUGUGAAUAAUGCUGUUCCCGACAUGUUGGUACACAAGAGUCGUUUACGCUCCAGUCAACGCAAACAAUGGAGCGUCGUCAAGGCAACAGUCAACGCAAACAAUGGAGCGUCGUCAAGGCAACAGUCAACGCAAACAAUGGAGCGUCGUCAAGGCAACAGUCAACGCAAACAAUGGAGCGUCGUCAAGGCAACAGUCAACGCAAACAAUGGAGCGUCGUCAAGGCACCAGUCAACGCAAACAAUGGAGCGUCGUCAAGGCAACCAAAUGGAACCCUAGUCUUUCCGGAUGGAAGUUAUCAGACCUGGGUUCAAAUACUAUUCAAAUUCCUUUAGCCUUUGCUCUAGUCUGCCCCAGAGGGGUGGAGGGGGUUGGUCCUUUUGCGAUUAUUCUAUUUGGUUCAAUUGCGACAAGUAAGCUCAAUAAAUCCCAAAUACUGUCAAAUAUUUUAAAUGAUAUCGAUCGAUUGAUUUGAUGUUACAGGACAUAUUUAAAAUACAUAUAGAGUUGACUCAUUCGUCUGAUCACAAGAAUACAACACAAAUGUAUCAAAUCUUAUUUGAACCCAGGUCUGUC